AUGGCUAUUGGUGAAUGCAAAGAUGUUGAAAAUGGGAUUGGAGAUUUGGAGAAGCCCUUUAUUCAAGAAGCUAAAAGGGUCGAUUCGGACGACGAAGACGACGAGAAUGGAUCGAUUUGGAUGGUUUUGUUGAGUACAUGUGUUGCUGUUUGUGGCUCUUUUGAAUUUGGUUCAUGUUACUCAUUAUUUGGAUCCAUAAUCACAAUUGGUGCUAUGAUUGGUGCAAUUACAAGUGGCAGAAUUGCAGAUUUUAUUGGUAGAAAAGGGGCAAUGAGAAUGUCAGCUGUUUUCUGCAUCACAGGAUGGCUUGCAGUCUGUUUUUCAAUGGAGUCCUACUUACUUGAUAUAGGGAGGUUCUGCACAGGGUAUGGAAUUGGAAUAUUCUCUUAUGUGGUCCCAGUAUUUAUUUCUGAAAUUGCACCUAAAAAUCUUCGUGGAGGACUGGCAACACUAAAUCAGCUAAUGAUUGUGACGGGAUCUUCUACUGCUUAUAUAAUAGGAACAGUAGUAACAUGGAGAACUUUAGCACUAACAGGACUACUCCCUUGUCUUUUACUUCUUGUGGGCCUAUUUUUCAUUCCAGAGUCCCCCAGAUGGCUGGCGAAAAUUGGUCGUCACAAAGAAUUUGAACUGGCUUUACGCAAACUCCGAGGCAAAAACGCUAAUGUCUCCAAAGAAGCUGCAGAAAUUCAAGCAAGUUUUGAUACUCUGAGAGAUCUUCCUAAUGUUAGCAUUUUUGAACUAUUUGAUGCCAAGUAUAUUCGUCCUCUCGUAGUUGGUGUUGGGUUAAUGUUUUUCCAACAAUUUGGAGGGAUAAAUGGAGUCGGAUUUUACACCAGUGAAACAUUUGUAGCUGCUGGUUUUUCUUCAGGAAAAAUGGGAACAAUUUUAUAUGCCAUCAUUCAGGUGCCAGUAACAGUGAUUGGGGCAGUGUUGAUGGAUAAAUCAGGAAGAAGACCACUUUUAAUGAUAUCGGCAACAGGGACGUUUAUUGGAUGCCUCCUGGCAGGAUCUUCUUUUUUGCUCAAGGGUGAAGGUCUAUUGAUGGAAUUUGUUCCCAUGCUAGCCGUUUCUGGAAUACUGGUUUAUAUAACAGCAUUUUCAAUAGGAAUGGGCGCAGUUCCAUGGGUGAUGAUGUCAGAGAUAUUCCCAAUUCAUGUAAAAGGUGUUGCCGGGAGCUUGGUGGUUCUGAUCAACUGGUUAGGCGCCUGGAUUAUAUCCUACACUUUCAACUUUCUCAUGACAUGGAGUUCCACUGGCACGUUUAUGACGUAUGCUGCAUUCUGUGCCCUGACGGUCGUGUUCGUGGCAAAGAUUGUGCCGGAGACAAAAGGAAAAACACUUGAAGAAAUCCAAGCUUUCAUCAAUUCAUGA